UGUUUAUAGAAAAAUGCUGCGCUCCGCUGCAUCGAUUUUGGCAAACAAUGCACCAAAGUUGCUGGCUGCACGACUUCCAUCCGGUAUGUCAGCCGGAGCUUUUGGACCAGCAACAAACACACUAAUGGUGCGUCAACAACAAACGAUGCCCGUCGUGGACUCAAACAAUCCCUUGCCGAAGAAAGGCUACAGUCCAUUCGGAACAAAACAAUCCAGCAUGGCCGAAUGGUCUUUGGCUCGAUUGGAUGAUUUACUAAAUUGGGGACGAAAAGGUUCUAUUUGGCCAUUAACAUUUGGCUUGGCAUGCUGCGCUGUCGAAAUGAUGCACAUCGCUGCACCUCGUUACGAUAUGGAUCGCUACGGCGUUGUCUUCAGAGCUUCUCCUCGCCAGGCGGAUGUUAUUAUUGUAGCUGGCACAUUGACCAACAAAAUGGCCCCAGCUUUGCGCAAAGUUUACGAUCAAAUGCCUGAACCUCGUUGGGUAAUUUCGAUGGGAAGCUGUGCGAACGGUGGUGGUUACUACCAUUAUUCCUACUCUGUAGUGCGAGGAUGCGACCGCAUCAUACCCGUUGACAUCUAUGUCCCCGGAUGUCCACCAACAGCCGAAGCCUUAAUGUAUGGAGUUUUGCAGUUGCAAAAGAAGGUGAAGCGUAUGAAAACAUUGCAGAUGUGGUACAGAAAGUAAUGU